AUGGCUACUGCUGAUGGUCCAGCAAGGGUGCUUGACCGGAAUGCGCGUCGCCGUCCAUUCUCAAGUUGGGUGAAACGCCUGGCGAACCUUAAGGGUUCCUCUGACUCUACAACAAAUCGAUGGUCCAACAAGCGCUCUCCGGCCAAUAAGGGCAAGAAGAGCGAUCAAGGAAACAACCCAUACCCGCUCUCUGGAACCAUCAACCGUGACACAGGGACACAGACACCGACCGAUUCAUACACAGGUGAUCAUUAUGGCGUGGAAUGUCGCUCUAGGAGUGACCCAUCUUUGUGCUCAGGAUAUGAGAACCCGGCUCCCCUGACAAGCGCAAAAUCCGCUGCGCCAACCAUUUCAACCAACGGCGAUGCGGCCUUCUCCGAAGCAGCUUAUUCAAAGGCAGGGACAUUGACAACUGGAACUGAAGGAUUUAGUACCCAUGGGGGAGGUGAGGGUAGCACCUUCUCAUCACCUGCACCUUCAAUCCGGUCGAUGACCACUACCCUAACCACUGUGCACUCGGCGGCACCCUCAACCCAACUUUACAAUGCACAAAACAGCCACAAUGGACACCAUCAUGGCAGUUCAACACAAAGCUCUUCGAACCAGCAGAUUCAAUUUUCCCACCAAUUCCCUUCAACCUCGCCCGCUACCGCAGUACCCCCGCACCUGGUACCCCAAAACCAUGCUAUGACGUACAGCGCCGCAACUGCAAACAAUGCCUUGACCGAUAAUGCCUCUCUUCUUACUUUGGCUAGCUCAUCUAAGCGCCGCCGUCGUAACUCUCUGGAUACCAAUGCGUCUGUACGCGGAUUGGCUCCGUCUUCUGUUUUUGGCGGCAGUCGGGAGAGCCUGCCGCUGAGCGUUCUGAGUGGACAUACGACUGAAGCAUCCAAUAAUUCGGUGUUUAAUGCGUCGGGGGUGCUGAGUCGGCCAAGUAUUGUUGGCCUUGCUAGUGCUGAACGCAUUAGUGUCUACUCGGCCUCCGGGGCAAUUCCACUAGCCAGCACCACAGCGGAGCGGGGCGGUUUGUACACCACAAAACAAACUGUCAGCGGUGAUACGGCCAGUAUUCGCAGCGGUGUGCAAUCGCACACUCGAAAUGACAGUACUGCUGCCAGUAUCGCCGGGGGUAUUAGCAGCCCAUUGGCCAUGGCUGGUCGCAUGAGUCGAAGAAGUUCUGGCUGGGGAGAAAUUACUGGCGAGGAAGGCGAUGAUGGAAAGCCAACUGAGAAAAACGAGGAUGAAGUGGCACUUAAGGAUGAAAAUGGGCUUCCCGUUGAGCCGCUCAAGACAUGA